AUGGCCAUCGCUCAGGGAGAAGUUCUGCCCGACAUUCAGCGAGACAUAGUGCUGGGUUCACCACGACGAAGGCGUAGUAAUAAAUUAACCUCCUCAAGAAGGAACGAUACGGCUCGUACCAAGCAGACGACCCGUAAAUCUACCGGAGGGAAGGCGCCAAGGAAGAAACUCGCUACCAAGGCAGCCAGGAAGAGUGCCCUGUCCACAGGAGGCGUGAAGAAGCCCCAUCACUACACACUCUGCCUUCGAGGGAUCCAUCGCUACCAGAGGUCCACAGAGAUGCUUAGUCGCAAGUUUCCUUUCCAGCGCCUGGUGAGAGAAAUUGAUCGGGAUUUCAAGACCAACAUGGGGAUGGAUCUGCACUUCCAGAGUGCUGCCAUCGGAGCUCUUCAGGAGGCCAGAGAAGCCUACCUGGUGGGUCUGUUUGAGGACACCAACCUGUGCACCAUCCACGCCAAGCGUGCCGCCAUCAUGCCCAGAGACAUACCGCUCAAAAGCAGGGUAAGAGGUAAACGUGUGUCUUUGCACGUCGGUCAGCGCGCGGAGGCAGAAGACUUCCUGCCGGUGGAGUUUCCUCUCCUCACAUCCAGCAGGCAGAUCCGCAUCAGCGUGACGUCAGAGGACGUUAAAAAGAUGCACAAUGAUGUCCUGUUUGGGAACCUCAAGGCAUCACGUCUGCUUUAUGCAGAUGAUGUGGUUCUAUUGGAAGACUUCGCCUAA